CCGCUUCCCCGACGCCGUUUUCUACGCGUAAAUCCUCCGCGCGCUCACACCCGCGGGCGCCUCGCGGCGUCCUCGUCGUCGCCUUUUUUUGUGUUCCGCUGGCGAAAGUUGUUACUUAAAUGUACUUUUUCCCCCCUCUUUUCUUCCUCACCUCCGCCUCCUCCUCCUCCGCGGACGCUCACCCAAACAUGCAACAGUUAGCUGCUAGCCUAGCCGUUAACCUCCGCUAGCCGUCGUCAAGUUAUGGAAAAAAUGGUUCAUUUUUUGUCCCGUUUAGACUUUUUCGCAAUGGUGUUAGCGGAUAUAGCAGAAGGGCAGUAGUUCAUAGUGUGGUUGCUUAAGCUACGCUGGUCUUUCUUUCUGUCUUUUUUUUUUUUUUUUUUUUUUUUAACCGAGCGAGUUAAGUUGGGGCAGGUCGAGCUAAAGCAACGUGUCUCAUUUCCGCAUUCAUGUUUUGUGCGGGGAGUCAGGGCCAUGUUGGAAGCAACCGAUGUCUUCGCCUCCCAACAUUUCGCCUUGAUUCAAUCCCAGGGACUUUUUCAACCGCCGGGGGGGAGCCAUAUCAAACCACACCGCCUUGACGCUGACUUGUACCCUCUGGGAUCCGGCUACGUCCCUGAAAUUGACAGUGUCCAUGACAUAUCAGUUGGCACAAAGAGGGGAUCUGACGAACUCUUUUCUUCCUGCAUAUCCAACGGGCCCUAUAUCAUGAACUCAGCCAAUGGCAACGACAGCAAAAAAUUCAAGGGUGACGUCCGCAGUCCCGGUGUUCCGUCACGCGUCGUUCACCUGCGCAAGCUGCCCAGCGACAUAAACGAGGCCGAGGUCAUCGGGCUCGGUUUGCCCUUUGGGAAAGUCACUAAUCUGCUGAUGCUGAAAGGGAAAAACCAGGCGUUCCUGGAGCUGAACAGCGAGGAGUGUGCUCAGACCAUGGUGAGCUACUACUUGUCCGUGACGCCCGUCAUCAGAAACCACCCCAUUUACAUGCAGUACUCCACCCACAAAGAGCUGAAGACGGACAACUCCCCCAACCAAGUGCGCGCCCAGGCUGCUCUGCAGGCCGUCAACGCUCUGCACGGCGGCGGCGGGAUCGCCGGCAUGGCCAUCGCGGCGGACGCCAGCGGCCUCGUGGGCGCCGCCGCUCAAAGUCCCGUUCUGCGAGUCAUCGUGGAGAACCUCUUCUACCCGGUCACCCUGGACGUGCUGCACCAGAUAUUUUCCAAAUUCGGCACAGUGCUGAAGAUCAUCACAUUUACAAAGAACAACCAGUUCCAAGCUCUCAUCCAGUAUGCCGACGCCAUGAUGGCCCACAACGCCAAGUGUCUAGACGGGCAGAACAUCUACAACGCCUGCUGCACGCUAAGAAUCAGCUUCUCCAAGCUCACCAACCUGAAUGUCAAAUACAACAACGACAAGAGCAGGGACUACACCCGCCUGGAUCUCCCCACCGCUGACACUCAGCCCACCCUGGACCACCAGACCAUGGCAGCUGCUGCCUUUGCUGCACCAGGUAUCAUAUCCGCCUCACCGUAUGGAGGUGCACAUGCAUUCCCACCUGCCUUCGCCAUCCAGCAAGCAGGUCUUGCAAUGCCCGGCAUCCCCAGUGCCUUGGCGUCUCUGGGCGUCGGGCACAGCAGCAUGGCCGCAGCAGCGGCCGCCGCUAGUCGCCUCAGCCUGGCCGGGCUCGCUGCCGCCAGCGGACACAACGUCUUGUUGGUCAGCAAUCUGAACCCGGAGAGCGUUACGCCACACUGCCUCUUUAUUCUUUUCGGUGUGUAUGGCGACGUGAUGAGAGUCAAGAUCCUGUUCAAUAAAAAGGAGAACGCUCUGAUCCAGAUGGCGGAUGGCACACAGGCUCAACUAGCCAUUAGCCACCUGAACGGCCAGCGGCUGCACGGCAGGGCCAUUCGCGUGACGGUGUCCAAGCACACCACGGUGCAGUUGCCGCGAGAAGGCCAGGAGGACCAGGGCCUGACCAAAGACUUCAGCAACUCGCCGCUGCAUCGCUUCAAGAAGCCCGGUUCCAAGAACUACUCAAACAUCUUUCCGCCCUCAGCCACGCUCCAUUUGUCCAACAUACCGCCCGCCGUGGUGGAGGAAGACCUCAAGAGGCUUUUUGCCAGCUCAGGAGCCACGGUCAAAGCCUUCAAGUUUUUUCAGAACGACCGCAAGAUGGCCCUGAUCCAGAUGGGCUCGGUGGAGGAGGCCAUCGAGUGCCUGAUUGAGUUCCACAACCACGACCUGGGCGAGAACCAUCACCUUAGAGUGUCCUUCUCAAAAUCCACCAUCUGAGUGCCUUCAGCUCCCCCACCGAAGCGCAUUUCACCAUCUUGAUUGCGCACCGUUCUCCCGGUCGCACUCGGUGGAAAUUACAGGUUUUGUAGUUGUUUCUCUGCGGAAAAUAACUCCCCUUCAGUGUCAUCAGAGCAAAAUCUGAUUCCCCCCCUUUAUUUUAUGAUCCCCCUUAUAUAUAUCAAAUGGCACCAUGUAUGUUGAUCAGAGCAAUGGCUAGUUGGUUUACUUUUGUCUGGGGAAAAAAACAAAACGGUGCUCAGGUCUCAAAAAGGAAGUUUUAUGAUUCAGGGAAAAGCUUCCAGCCUUAUAUGAAAAUGUUUUAAGACUUUAAUUUUAAAGAGCCCUCUUCAAUAUCUGAGCGAUACAAUAAUGAAAAAGCACAACUGAUUUGGAAAGAAAAGCGCGCCGGACCAGAUCUGGCAUCUGCUCUUUUGGUACACAAACUAAAAGCGAGCGAAGGUCUGCAUUGAGACCGCAAGAAAGACACAUCGGAAGUUGAGGCAGCUGAUGAACUUAAAAAGACCAAAUUGUAUAAAAUGGCCAGCGGCAUUCGUACUCGACACACUUCAGCAUUCCUGUUGCGACGACAUGUGCCUCCCCCCACUGCCCGUUUGGCCGGUCGGACAUGAUAUAAGGCGAAUUCCCAGAUCACCAAACGUCUUCAUGUCCCGUUUUUUUUUAAAUGCCAUCUUCUUGUAAGGCUGUUUGCUCAUUGGGAUGUGCACCACUAUCCAUAGUACACUAUCUGUCCGUCAAGCAAAGCUAUCUUUAUGGACUACACAGUCAUGUGCCUUACUCGCCACCCAACCUUUCCGAGCCGCCCGCCUUAAGUGUCACUCCGGCGUCAGGGAGGGGAAGUUGAGGCUCGUUCUAUGAAGAAGAAAGAAAAAAAAACCCCCCACAAAUGUUUACUAAAGAUUUGUGUGUGCAUGUAUCCCAAUAUCUAUGUAGAAACGAUGAAUGUAAGUCCAGAUAGGCGAUGCUAGGCCAUGUAGCGCUCUUAAGGUAUCGUGUCGCAGGCUCAUUUAACCUUACCUUGCAUUCGUUUAUAUGUGGAUACCUAUACAUUUAUCUAUAUUUCAUUUUCUCU